AUGAGUAAGGGCUGGGAGGAGGGGCCGUCGCCACCCAAGGGACCGGCCCUGCCCCCCGGCCCACGUGCUGCCUGGCCCACUGGCCCCAGACAGGACCGAGCCCUGGGUCCCCAGAGUCACCGGGCUGACCCCUCCCCGGGGGUCAGCAGCAAGGCCCAGGAGGAACAGGCAUGGGCAGGCCUGGGGGGCCCUGAGGACUCCCAGGCCCAGAGGAAGAGAGGCAGACUCGCACUCCCGGGCGGCAGAGCCAGUGACUGCAAGUUCACCAGUGUCUCGUGCAGCGCCUGCGGCCUCUGCCCCCAGAUCAGUUUUCCAGGAUUGCAGCCCAGGGGCGCCGGCACAGAGUCUCAGAGCAGAGCAGCCAACCAGCCCCGCGCAUCACCCCGCAGCCGGGUGAGAACUGCGGGGUCAGCGAGCCCCUCUCCACGGCCCACCGCUGUCAGGGGCAGCCGUGCAGACCCCCCACUGGACAUGAUCAGCAGUUCAGCUCUCGGCGACAGGGCCACGGACCCUGGGACCUCAGGGACCUCUCCUUUCUCAGCCACCACUUGUAUCACGUGGGCUGCUGGGAUCCGCUGGGUAGUGCUUUCACUGCACCUGUGUCUAUGUGUCCGCUGCUGCCCCGAGGCUCGCCUGGGUGGAACGGUCCACCGUGGAUGCCUGUGGUCAGCGGGCACUCCGCUGGGGCCCCGUCUUCCUUCACGGGACCUCUCUGGGCGGCCUGGCAUCUCAUGGCGUGGAGCUGGCCCGACGAGGGAACAUUCCAGGAGUGCAAGAGGAAGCCACAUCCAUGUCAACACCCAGCUGGGAAGUUUCACAGGUCACCUCUGCCUGUUGGCCAUCGCUAACCGCGGGGCUGGCCCACGCUCACAAGAGGAAGCGGCGUCCACCUCCUGACGGGAGGAGCUGGAGACCCUGCAGCUUCUGGGACCCGCCCCCCUCCUCUGUCCCAUCUCCAACCUCUCCCCUCCCGUCCCCCUCCCCACGCCCCGACCCUGAACGAGGGCAGAGUGGUGAGGGGCUCAGGCCUGCCCAGGACCCUCGCAGGGAAGAAGGGCCCAAAGCUACCAGGUCCUGGGAAUGGUGGGGGUGGAGAGUCACUGCAAGCCCCCAACACACACUGGGGUCGGGGAGGCUUCCAACCAAGGAGAGGGAGCCUCCCCUGGAGCUGGUUCCGGUGCCCGGCAGCCUCAUUGUGCCACGAGGCACUGGAGCGUGCCCCGAAGGGCUCAGUGACUCAGUAAGGAAGCACGUGUGGAACCGGAACAGAAGCCACUGGCCUGGACAAAUUGGGUGGCCUAGCAACCUCGGGGGUGUGGGGCGGACCUCGGGCUCCCCUGUUGCCACAGACCCGCUGCAGCAAAUGCCAGCACAGAGCCAUCCAAGGAGGACGCCGUCUCCGGCUGCAACUCCUGCAGCACCAAGAGGUCGAGUCCCCCUGGGGGUAGGCCUGGCCUGUGGGCCCUGCCCUCAGGUAACUGACGGUCCAGGGACCUGCCAGGCACAGCUGGGGUCGGGCGCCUGCAAACCUUCCUCACUUGGUUACACUUCACCAGGCCCAAAGGCGUUGCAUCUGCCCUUUGGCUGCCCUGAGCCCUGCACCCCCAGCCCAGGGGGCCAAUGUUCCUCUCUGACCCCUCCUCCCUGCCCUGUGACUGCCAAACACCCAGCUCUCCACUGCGGAGUGAGAGACUCUGGCCUGGUCCCUCAGCUCCCCAUACAUCAUCAGGGGAAAGGACAGCUGGGCAGGACCAACAUCUGCAAAACGCCCAAGGCCACCCCUGAGCCCCCAACCCCCCCAGAUCUGGCAACCGCUUCCCUCUCUACCUCCGCCCAACACCUGUUUCCUCCAUCCCUCACCCCUCCCUCCUCCAGCCAGACUUCACUAGGCACCUUCCCCACAGAAACGCCUGGGCUCAGGUCCUGGUGGGACGUCAAGGUGGGCAAGGGUUGGGGAUGGCCAAGCCUCAACAGUGACUGGAGGUCCUCAUGGGGGAUCUGCCAAGUUCAAGGGCUCCCAAAGCCCAAAAGAUACGGGGGCAUUUCCAGCCGGGGAGAAGUUUACAAGAAUGAAAAUGAAUACUAUUCAGCUCUAAAAAGAAACGGGCUAUCAAGCCAUGAAAAGACAUGGAGGGCCUUGCUGACCCUGAAGGGACUACCCCUCCAGGGCCAGCUCAUUCCUAGAGAUACGAACAACUCUGCCUGCAAACAAGAGCAAACAACUCUGCACCUUUCACAGCAAACCAGCCACCAUGUCCCUCAGGGUUCUGGGCCACCAUCCAGCUGCCUUAACCACCCCAGAGCAGGUACCAGACACCUCGGCACAGUCGUAGGCCUCAGAGCCGGCUGAGGUUAUUCAAACGAGCCGAUCUGAAGCCUGUUUGCCCUGCCUCAGCCGUUUACUCCCCAGAAAGUACGAGAAAGGCUCUUGCGCACGUUUCCCCUCCUGACUGAUCCUGGUGCUUCCCCCAGUGGCCUGUAUGUCAUGCCCCACCUCUUGGGAACUGUGAGUAGUCGUCUCCUGAUCUAUUGGCCCUGCCAUCCCUGAAUAAUAAU